UUCAUCCUAUAUCUCCUAUGCAUCUUUUUUGUUCAAGAUUAUCAUUGAUUACAUGCUAACUAAACAAGACAGUUUUAGUACACUAAACAUGAAUGCAGGACCUUUUUUCAUCACCAGGAACUGGAAAGUUCAUGCAUGUUUGGAUUGACUUAUCUGAGUUUGCGUAGCACCACCCUUCAUAGUGCUCUCAACACUAUCAUCAACAUUACCUAACUUAGAUCAAACUUCUAUAUAUAAAAUUCAUGAAGAGAGUGUGUCUUCAACAACUACAAGCAACCCUUUCCUCAUUUUACUUUAUGGCUUCUCUUGGUAACCAUAACAAAGAAAUUAAUGACAUAGAAUCAAAACCAAACCAUGUUCAAGAAAAUGAAGAAAACAACAUCAUUAACUAUUCUCAAAGAGCACAAUGGCUAAGAGCUGCUUUAUUAGGAGCCAAUGAUGGUUUAGUAUCAAUAACAUCACUAAUGUUAGGUGUUGGAGCUGUGAAUGAAGACAUCAAAACAAUGUUACUAGCUGGUUUUGCAGGACUAAUUGCCGGAGCAUGUAGUAUGGGAAUCGGAGAGUUUGUUUCGGUUUACACACAAUUAGACAUAAUGGUAGCUCAAAUGAAAAGAGAAAACAAAAUCAACAACACUAUUAUUGAAGAUCAUGAAAAGUUACUACCAAAUCCUUUUCAAGCUGCUAUAGCAUCAGCAAUUGCAUUUUCUUUUGGUGCUACUGUUCCAUUGAUAGGAGCAGCAUUGAUAAGAGAUUAUAAGAUAAGGUUGAUUGUUGUUGUAGUUAUGGCUAGUUUGGCAUUGUUGGUUUUUGGAGUUGUAGGAGCAAUACUUGGUAAGACAUCAGUGAAAAGGUCUUGUGUUAGAGUUGUGAUUGGUGGUUGGAUGGCUAUGGCUAUUACUUUUGGUUUGACAAAAUUAGUUGGCUAUAGUUCAAUUUGAAUGUGGUUGAUAAAUGUUUCCUUUUACAAAAUUAGUCUCUGCAGCCGCACACGGAAGAUACCCGAUUUACGCCAAAACUGUUUUCUUUUAAGAAAUUAGUUUCUGCAGUUGCACACAAAGGAUAUCUGAUUCACACCAGAAAUGUUUCCUUUUACAAAAUAACUUGACUUGUUUGAUCCAUUCCUUUGUUAUUCAAGUUUGAAAAAGGAUGUAGUACACCUUAUGUAAAUGUAAUACCACUAUGUGCUACCUUUUAUGAAUUAAUUCAAAUGUGAUGGUGUAAGCGCGCGGAAGCAUGCACGCACAAAUAUAUGUUCUAAAAUUUGCUUUUUGUUAGGACAGCAAACUCGCGAAUGAGUUUCGUUAUUCAGAUAUUCAGUUUGAUAAACCACAUGAAAGUACAAAGAAAGUGAAACAUAUAUGCUUUCUGUUAGAGAUAUCUGAAACAUGACACUCAACUCAACAAGCUACCUAGGUACAGGUAGCAUAUAAUCAGUAUAAAUCAUAGCAGAAAUGUUUCACCGACGCAUCUCUCUAGUCUCAUACAUAAGCAAAUAUUUCUUUCAAGUUCAUUGAAUAACUGAUGUAUCUGGUUUAUAGCAAAUAUGAAAAUUGGUAGAGGGAGUAUAGUGAAAGUCCAAUAAUCAUGUUCUGUAUGUAUCUGAUUAGUAAUAGCAAAGGUGAAAAUUGGUAGA